AUGUCACCUACAGAUGGCAUCGCUCAGCACAUUUGUAAAGUGGAGAAUCUUGCUAAACAACUAAAAGAGAGUGGCGAAGAAAUAACGAGAUUAUUGGAUGAGGAAGCAAGCCUGACAAAUGAAGAAGAAGUUGAGAGUGCUUUAGUGGCUAUGAAAAAUCCUGAAAAGAAAAAUAUUACUACAAUUUCUAUUACUGAAGAAAAAGAUCGAAAUGAAGAAAGUCCAGAAAUAUCAGGAGACAACCAAGAUAUUACUGAAUCAAGUUUUGAAAGUGUAGAGACACACGAAGAUCCCAAUGAUAGAACAUACGAGCCUUCGCAGAUAAUAUCUGAAGAUGAUACAAGAAAUAUUACACUGCGACCUAGAAGGCACAGAAAUGAAGAAGCGAAUUUCGUUGAAUUUGAUAUACCUACUACAUAUGAAGAAGCUAUGAAUUGCAGAGAUGGCAGUAAAUGGAAAGAAGCUAUAGAGGCAGAAAUACAGUCGCUAGAAGAAAAUAAAACAUGGAAGUUAGUAGAUAAGAAACAUGAGAGAAGAGUGUCCUCAAAGAGGGUGGCAUACGAGCGCAUGGAGAAGAUAGGCCAGUCCAUCGGCUACCAGAUCCGUUUAGAGUCGCGUGUCAGCCCGCGUACUGUGUUAACGUACUGUACCAACGGUGUACUGCUACGCACGCUUAUGGGUGGAGACACCGCGCUCGCAGGCGUGACGCACGUGUUCGUGGACGAAGUGCACGAGCGGGACAAGUUUAGCGACUUCUUGCUGAUCGCGCUGCGAGACGCCCUGCCCCGGCAAAAGGACAUGAAGCUCAUCCUCAUGUCUGCUACCAUGGAUACGCAGAUAUUCUCAAGGUACUUCAACAAUUGCCCCGUGGUGACUAUCCCGGGGCGUUUACACGAAGUCCAGCGGUACUACCUGGAAGAUGUCCUUCGCAUCACCAACUACAAGACCAAGCGCAUGGCGCAGCUCGAGACCGAACUCAAGGCCAAGCUGAAGGCUGGGAACAGCUACUGGUCGCACCUGGAAGGUCAGAAGCAGACCGCGCCUGAUAGUAGCAAUAAUAGCAGCAAGGAGCCGGCACGCGAAGAGAAAGAAGCAUUGGAGCCGGCGCUGCAGGCAGACAUGGACGAGUUCCUGGACGACUGCUUCAAGGACGGCAGCCUGGACUCAUUCUGCCAAAUCCUCUACAUGUACCUGUCAGAAGGUGUGCACGUGGACUGCGCGCAUUCGCGCUCGCGCCGAACCGGGCUCAUGGCCGCCGCGCACCAUGGCUUGGCUGAGACCGCCGCCAAUAUACUGCAGAUCGGCGCGGACCCCACAAUAAAAGACUCAAACGGCAAGACAGCGUUCGACUACGCGACAGAGAGCGGGCACACUGAGUGCGCUCAACUAUUGGCCUCGUUCAACCAUGCGGGCGAAGCCACCAAGGACGUCGAGGAGGAAUCCGCGGCAGACGCCUUCGCUCUGGAUGUAUACCACCAUGCCUUCUCCGAGGAGCUGAUUGACCAUGACCUGAUGUUGGCAUUGGUGAAGCACAUUCAUCUGAACUUGCCGAAAGGCAGCAUCCUGAUUUUCCUGCCUGGAUACGACGACAUCGUAACCCUCCGCGACAUGAUAACCAGCGACACGGAAAUGGCCUCGCUGAAGUAUCAGACCUUCACGCUGCACAGCAACAUGCAGACCCUCGACCAGAAGAAGGUGUUCAACCCGCUGCCCGGCGCUCGCAAGGUCAUCAUCUCCACCAACAUCGCCGAGACCUCCGUCACCAUCGACGACGUGGUCUACGUGGUGGACUCCUGCAAGGUGAAAGAAAAAUACUACGAGUCCAGCGGCGGCGUGUGCUCCCUACAAUGCGUGUGGACGUCUCGCGCGUGCUGCCAACAGCGCGCGGGCCGCGCCGGCCGCACGCGCCCCGGCCUGGCCUUCCACUUGUGCUCAAAACGACGUGCCCGAGCGCUCCCUUUGCACGCCAUACCAGAAAUCCUCCGUGUGCCUUUGCAAGAGUUGUGCCUCCACACGAAGCUAUUGGCCCCGCCCAAUACGCCGAUAGCUGACUUCCUAUCACGAGCAUUGGAACCCCCGUCGUUCUUAGCGGUGCGAAACGCUGUCGCCUUGCUCAAAACUCUCGGUGCUUUGACCCCUACUGAAGAUUUGACCGAAAUCGGCCAGCAUUUAUUGGACUUGACAGUGGAGCCGCGUCUAGGCAAGAUGUUGUUAUACGCGUGUGUGCUAAAGUGCCUGGACCCAGUGUUGACGAUUGUGUGUGCGUUGGCCAAUCGCGAGCCCUUCCAGAUAUCGAUGAGCCCUGAAACCAGGAAGAGAGGAAGUGUGUCGAGAAAGGAGUUCGCCGCUGACUCGUAUUCUGACCAUAUGGCGUUGCUGAGAGCUUUUCAGGCGUGGCAGGCGGCCCGAGCGGCGGGUACAGAGCGGGCCUUCUGCGCUCGCAACCUCAUCUGCGGCGCCACCAUGGAAAUGAUCGUCGGCCACCGCGCGCAACUUCUAGCCCAGCUACGGGCACUUUGCCUCGUCAAGGCGCGCGGCCCCGGCGACAUUAAAGACGUAAACGUGAACUCGGAGCGUUGGCACGCGGUGAAGGCCGUCCUCGUGUCAGGCCUGUACCCGUGCCUGGCGCGCGUGGACCGCACGGCCGGCGGCCUGCGCACGAGCCGCGAGCCGCGCGUCGCCUUCCACCCCAGUUCGACGUUACACCGCGGCGGCGGCGCGGCGAGCGCGAAGGCAGCGGUUCGCAGCCUGCCCGCAGACUGGGUGGCAUUCGAAGAGAUCUCACGCGCCGGUCGCUUCUGCUUCAUCCGCUGCUGCACGCUCGUCACGCCGCUCACCGUGGCUCUGUUCGGAGGCCCGCUACGCCUCCCAGCGGGUGCAUUAACCCAGCGCGCCAACCCUCCUGGACUAUCCUCGGACUCGGACUCCGACGCUGACGCAGACGCCGCGCCCGACAGUGCCACGCUCACACUUGACGAUUGGACGGCUUUCGCGGCUGACGCUUCUGACGCCAUCAGUGUAUAUUACUUACGUCAGAAGCUGUGCGCCUUGGUUGUGAGGCGCAUGUCGAAUCCAGCAAGACCUACUACGCCUUUGGAUGAACAGAUACUAGCUGCUGUGGUCCAAGUGCUAGGCGCCGAAGAGCGCAACGUGGGUCUCAGCCAGCCAGCCGGCAUUGGACAACGGCCCAAACCGCUGACAGUAGAAGCGGGCGGCUGGCGGCGCGAGGAGCCGCACUCAGAAUUCGCGGCGGCCCUGAAUCGCGCUCGCGGGCCCGCCUGGCGCUCGGGGCCCGCGUCGCCGGAGGGCCCGGGGGCCCCGGGGCCCGCGGGGCCCGAGGCGCGGUACUUCCUGUCGCGGGUCGAUGACCUGCACGCGCUGGAGACGGCGCAGGCGACUGGAGUGUAUCCGUUCGCGCAGGCCACCGCUAAGAAGCUGCUGAAGGUUAAACAGGAGGGCUCUCGCGUGGUAGUAGUGUUUAGCUGCGCGCGCGCCGGGGCUUUAUUAGGCUGCGCGCGGCUACAGGAUUCACCGCCGGCGUCACUUGCCCUCGAGUGGCUCAGCACGCAGCACGUGCCGCACCACGCCAUACGGCACAUAACCAACUCUCUCGCGGGAGGCGCCCGCGCGGCCGGCGCCCGCGACGGGACGGAACUGUGCUGUGCCGCCGCCCGCGCGCUGCUGGCCGCCGCGCCGCGCCGCCACACGCGGCACACGCACCAUCCGCACCAGCCGCACCAGCCCAGGCCCAUACAGAAGCACGAGCCGUGACACAUUAGACAACUACACCCGGGGGAUACCACGCGUGAAGCUGGCUUGCAGCUGCUAGCACCUGGCGCGUGAGUCACUUAAGCCUCAAGUUUGAUGACCUUCGUCAGUCUGUUUCGAUCGAAAUCCCUGAACGCGUCAGGAUUCCACCAGCACCCAGGAUUAUCCCAUAUUUGGGACAGCUAGCGAGUUUCCAUCACUACUCGCCCCAUACAGAAGCGCGAGCCGUGACACAACACGGAACUACACCACCCGGGGGAUACCACGCGUGGGGCGGCAGCUGGCGCGUGAGACACUAAGCCUCAAAUUCCCUGAACGCGUCAGAAUCUUUGUUACUGUAUUUAGCGGGAUUAUCCCGUAUAUGGGACAGCUAGCUAUUAAGUUACCGUUACUACUCGCGCCCCAUACAGAAGCACGAGCCGUGACACAACAGACAAGUACACCACCCGGGGGAUACCACGCGAGGAGCAGCAGCAUGCACUCUUAGUGUCUUACCGGCGCGUAAGACACUAAGAGUGCAUCGGACGCAUGGGGCAGCCGGCGCGUGAGUCGCUUAAGCCUCAAAUUUGAUGACCUUCGUCACUCAGUUUCAUCUUUGUUACUUUGAUCAUUAUUUCCACCAGCACCCGGUAUUAUCACAAAUUUCAGACACUAAUUGAGUCGACUGCGUCACACCCGCGCCAUCCGCACCACCCCAGACCCAUACAGAAGCACGAGCCGUGACAUAACACGGAACUACACCAUCCGGGGGAUACCACGCAUGGGGCUGCAGCUGGCGCGUGAGUCGCUUAAGCCUCAAAUUCCCUGAACGCGUCAGGAUUCCACCAGCACCCAGGAUUAUCACGUAUUUGGGACAGCUAACGAGUUACCAUCACUACUCGCGCCCCAUACAGAAGCGCGAGCCGUGACACACCACCACGGAACUACACCACCCGGGAGUAGUUUUCCCGACCCUUUUAAGCUUCAAGUUUCAUAACGCAUGAGUGAGUGACCUUCGUCACUCAGUUACGUUUGAAUUCCCUGAACGCGUCAGGAUCCAAGUUACCCUAUGAGUCCUUCGUCACUCAGAUUCGAUCGAAUUCCCUGAACGCGUCAGGAUCUUUGUUACUUUGAUCAUUGUUUCCAUCAGCACCGGGGAUUAUCCCGUAUUUGAGACAGCUAGCGGUUGAGUCGACUGCGUCACUCAGGUUUGCACCAUCCGCGCCAUACAGAAACACGAGCCGUAAUACACCACGGAACCACACCACCCACUUUUAUUUAUUUAUUUAUUUAUUUAUAUGCAACAACAGAAAUUAUACUAGUGAUAGUGGUCUGAUGUCAUAUAAACUAAAUUGUGUGUGCAAACAUAAUAGCUGUACGAAUUCUUAUAGUAUUUAACUUUAGGCCAAAACAGGAAAACCUAUAAAAAAUCGUGCAGUUGCCACGUUUAUGUCACACGAAAUUUAAGCAGCUGUUUAGAUGUUCUACUAUUUCUCUUUUAUAUCUCUUACUAUUUCUGUAAUACUCUUUAAAACUAUACAUGCCUUUAGGUCCACAUGCGGUACUUUCUUUUGAUUAUUAGUUUGAAUGUUUAUUUUAGGAACAACAUGCAGGCAUGUUACACUAUAUUAAAGUUUUAAGUAAUAAUAUUUAAAAUUAAAGCAGCUAAACAUUUUAUUUUAUAGAAAAUUAGGAAGUGGCACAUGUGGAUCUUACUUAUACUCCUUCUUUAUAAUAUUUUAAUUGUUAUAUGUCGUACUUAGGUCGUUCGUUUUCAUUAUUUAAUUAGUAUUUAUUAGCCAAACCAAGUUUUGAAUGCCCCACUAUUACUAACUAAAACUCUGUAUCAGUAUUUUUUAACUCUUUUAACCUGCAAAGAUACAUACUUACAAUUUCCAGGUUUUUAAGAAUACUCGAGUAGGUAAUAUAUUUAUACUAAAUUCUUCCAUUCUUCCCAAGCCAGCAAAAUUGUGACUUAUAGAUAUGAUGCUAAGUCCCAAUAUCCAGUGCGUGGAUGACUUAUCGUGGUGUCAGUAUUUGGCCAGUUGUUUUAAUCUAAGUAAUCAAUAUAACUGCUUUGAAUGUCGAUCUAUAACUCUCUUACAACAUGAAAAAUUUACAAGCUUUUGUUGCAGCUCAUUAUAAUGCUUGUAGACUCAUAAACUGUAUUUCAUUAUACCCAUAGUUUAUGAGCUGUUAACUACUGUCCCAUGCAUUUCACACAAACAGUACAAGUAGGUAUGCCUCUCACGUGUUAUUGGGAGUAGUUAUUGUUUGAUAAUAUCUAGUUUAUUUAGUUGUUGUGAUGCUAACGACAAUUAUUAGUAUACUAUACUAAUAUGAUAUUUAGAUUUCCAAAAAGCUUGCCUACCAUGAUGAGAACAGGAAUGUUUGUAUUGGCUUUUAUAUGUAUACUUCAAUUUUAUUAUUAUAUUAAAAAAGUGUUAAAGUAAUUAAUUUUAUACUAACUUAACUAUAGAUUUGUUUUAAGUACCACUUAAUUUUAUUUUUCCUACACAUUGUUUUGCUCAUAUUUUUAUGUAUAUUUUAAGUUAUUUUAGCUCCGAUACUAUCUCUGAGAUGCAUAAAUAAACAUAUUGUUUGAUCGCUAGUUUUAACUUUAAAAUUGUGAAAAUUGCAAUAAAAUAAAAUUAAGACCAAAUUAUUUGCAAUAUUUUACCAGUGUCGCGUGAUUAUGGAUGGUUGAUGAGUUACAAGAAUAUUUAGUAGAAUAACGUAUAUGUCCUGUUUUUACUAUGCCCGUGACUCGGUGUUAGUAAUACCGAGUUAGUUUUUAGAAUAUGCCCUCGCAGGAUUAAUGCUUGUUCCUUAGGUACUAGAAGAUUUUAUAAGUAUAGAUGGACUACACUGAACCGUCCCAACCACCACAUUGACAGGAAGGCGCCACCAUCGUUCAACUUUAAGUUUCCAAUGUGGCAAAAAUCGGAACUGGCGUUCCGGAAUUGACGGUGGCGCCCCCCUGUCAAUGUCACGGGUGGGACGGUUCAGUGUAGUCCAUCUAUAGUGGGUAAACACCUGCAACUUGUGUAAAUAUAGGUUUAAUGGUGCGUGAAGUCUACUUUUGACACCAAACGAAGUAAAUUGCCGUGUUUUAAUAUGAAAUAAUAUGUUACUAUUUUAUCAAAGCUUUAGGUGGACCAAUAUGUAGUCCUAAGACGCAUCAUUUGUUUUAAAUUUGUGUUGAUUGAUUUCUGUAUCUUUUUCUACGACUGUUGUGUAGACAGCAUUUUAUAAUAUACAUAUACCACAGAUGUAAACGGUUUUUAUGUGUAGAUAAUGUUUUUUAAAUGUUGUAAAAACUCACUUGGAAAUAAAUUAAUCGAGAAGAGUAUGACAUUUUCUCAAAUUUCGAGCGAAAAAAUAAAAUUAUACUUACGAUAGUGCACUUUGAAGUAUUCUCACGAAGAUAUAAAUAGUUGUAAGAGUGAUGUAACCUGUGCUACAGGGAUAGUUCGAUGGAUUUAUUUAUAUUGCAUGUUUUGUGAUGCUGUUUUUACAUAUUUAUGAUAGUUUAUAUUGUGUAUUAAUUUAUAGUUUGUUUCUGUUGUUGUCGCGAAUGAGCAAAACGACAUCAUAACUUAAUGCCUACUUAUGUAGGGAGUUGUCAGGAGCAUAGACAAUAUCAAAGAUAUAGUAUCUGUCGUCUUUUUUUAUUCAUUCGUGACAUAUAAUUUAAAACGUACUAUACUUAGUGGUAGCACUGCAAUAAUGAAAUGAAAUAAGAUGUUAAAAACACAAUCGCAUGAUUGUUAUAAAUAAAUAAACUGAUAUUAUCUAUUACGUUUGCAUUUUAUAUUCAUUAUAAGUCAUCGUUGGAAUGUUAUACCAUCUUAAAUUUACCAUAUGAAUGCUUUAAUAGACCCAUAUGUUAUACGAAUAGCAAUACCACAUAACUACACACUAACCUUUGAAGUUGAAUUAGAAGUCCGGUAGUUGGAUAAGUAAUUGUUAUACGUUAUAUUGUAUACUAUGUAUAUUAUAGUAUAUAUUUUCACUACAUUGCACAUUUGGAUAUCAAUAUUUUUGAAAGUUUAAACCAAACUGGGUUGUGAUGGAAGAAGGUUGGUACUUAUAAACAGACGGCUCUAAGACAGUAGGGCUACCAUUCGACUUGUAAAUUGCAGUUAUGAUACAAUUAAUAUUAUGACUGCAAUGAUACCAGUUAUUCUGUCAAGAGCCCAACAAAUAGACCACAAUACUGCGCAACGACUAUUUGAUAUCAAUAAAAUAAAAAAAGGCUUUCUCUUUUUCGUCUUAAUUCUGAAGAAACGGCAAGACUGAGUCCUGUUGUACAUAAUGUAUCGCCCCAUUAACUUUAACGGUCUAUGGAUAUUAUAUCUUAACAUAAACGUUUAUUCAUUUAACUGAGGCGGAAAAGAGAGGGCCUUAAAAAGUACGGAGAAAUUAAUUAUAAGACCGCAGUAACUCAAAUGCCUUUGGAGAACUUAAACACUUAUAUUCUAGCAUGUUUUUGAAUUUCAAACUUUUUAAAUCGGUUUCAUACCGACUGUAAUGGACAGACAAGAUGUAACACAUAAUAAGCGAAAGUUGUUUCAAUUUUAAUAAACUAUA